AUGACUACGGCAAACUGCGGCGCCACCGACGAGUUCGACUUCAGGCUGAUAUUCGGGGAGGACGGGCAGCCCGGCCCCGGGCCGCCGCUGGGGCCUGCAGAUCUCGAGUCAGAUGAUUGUGCGUCAAUAUACAUCUUUAAUGUAGACCAACCAUCAUCAUCUGUAAAUCAGCCAAUUUGUAUUCCUCGCCAUGGACUACAGGCUCAUUCCUCUCCUCUGUCACCACCUACGAGACUUCAGAGUCAUAAGAACUAUGAAGGAACUUGUGAGGUACCAGAAUCCAAAUACAGUCCACUAGGUGGACCCAAACCCUUUGAGUGCCCUAGUAUUCAAAUUACAUCAAUUUCACCUAACUGUCACCACGGGAUUGAAGCCAGUGAAGAUGAAUUGCACACAAAUGGCACAGAAAAUGAGUAUAUGGAAAGGCCUUCACGGGACCACCUCUAUCUUCCUCUUGAGCCGUCAUACAGGGAAUCAUCCCUUAGUCCAAGCCCUGCCAGCAGCAUUUCGUCCAGAAGUUGGUUUUCAGAUGCUUCCUCUUGUGAAUCCAUUUCCCAUGUUUAUGAUGAUGUAGACUCAGAGUUAAAUGAAGCAGCUGCUCGAUUUACCCUUGGCUCUCCUUUGGCAUCUCCUGGUGGUUCUCCGAGAGGUCCCAGCGAUGAAUCUUGGCAGCAGCCUUAUGGAUUUGGGCACGCCUUGUCACCUAGACAGUCUCCCUGUCAUUCUCCUAGAACUAGUAUUACAGAUGAAAAUUGGCUAAGCCCUAGACCAACAUCAAGACCUUCAUCAAGACCUACAUCCCCCUGUGGGAAACGACGACACUCCAGUGCUGAGAUUUGCUAUGCUGGUUCUCUCUCUCCUCACCAUUCUCCAACUCCAUCACCUGGCCAUUCUCCCAGAGGAAGCAUAACAGAAGACACAUGGCUAAACACUUCCAUCCAUAAUGUACAAGGCCUUAAUUCUGGCCUUUCACCAUUUCAGUGUUGUACAGAGACUGAUAUUCCACUAAAAACAAGAAAGACCUCAGAAGAUCAGACUGCCACUUUAUCUGGAAAACUAGAUCUCUGUCCUGAAGAUCAGGGUAACUUAUCAGCAUCCCUCGAAGCUGCAGUAGAUGACUGCUCUGGAUCUCAGCACACCUUGAAAAAAGAUUUGCCUGGAGACCAAUUUCUUUCUGUUCCUUCGCACUUUACUUGGAACAAACCAAAACCUGGUCACACUCCCAUAUUUCGCACAUCUUCAUUGCCGCCUCUUGACUGGCCUUUACCAAGUCUUUAUGGACAGUGUGAACUGAAAAUAGAAGUCCAGCCUAAAACUCAUCACAGAGCUCACUAUGAAACAGAAGGAAGCAGAGGAGCAGUAAAAGCAUCUACUGGAGGACACCCUGUAGUGAAGCUCCUGGGCUACAGUGAGAAGCCAGUAAACCUACAAAUGUUCAUUGGAACAGCAGAUGAUCGCUACUUAAGACCUCAUGCGUUCUACCAGGUGCAUCGGAUCACUGGAAAAACAGUUGCGACAGCUAGUCAAGAGAUAAUCAUUGCCAGCACAAAGGUUCUGGAAAUACCACUCCUUCCUGAAAACAACAUGUCAGCCAGCAUUGAUUGUGCAGGUAUUUUGAAGCUUCGCAAUUCAGACAUAGAGCUCCGCAAAGGAGAGACCGAUAUCGGAAGAAAGAACACCAGAGUGCGGCUUGUGUUUCGUGUGCACGUCCCACAGCCCAGUGGAAAAGUCUUAUCUCUGCAGACUGCUUCCAUACCUGUGGAAUGCUCUCAGCGAUCUGCUCAAGAACUUCCUCAGAUUGAGAAGUACAGUAUCAGUAGUUGCUCAGUAAAUGGAGGCCAUGAAAUGGUGGUGACUGGAUCCAAUUUUCUUCCAGAAUCCAAGAUUAUAUUUUUUGAAAAAGGACAAGAUGGACGACCUCAGUGGGAGGUAGAAGGGAAAAUAAUUAGGGAGAAGUGUCAAGGGGCAAACAUCAUACUUGAAGUUCCUCCAUACCAUAACAAAACCAUUACAGCUGCAGUUCAGGUGCAGUUUUAUCUCUGUAAUGGCAAGAGGAAAAAAAGCCAGUCUCAACGUUUUACUUACACACCAGUUAUAAUGAAGCAAGAGCACAGAGAUGAGGUGGAUCUGUCUGCUGUUCCUUCCUUGGCCCUGCCUCACACAAGCAACAUCCAGGGCCUGCAUUCUAUCCGAUCUCAACUGCCUUCACCAGAGCAAGGGCAUCCACAUGACAGUUUACUAUCUACAUCACCUAGGAGCCUUGUGUGUCCAGUUCAGCCACCAUACACAGCAAUGGUGACCUCAGCAGUAUCCCACCUGCCACAUAUGCAAGGUAGAAACCUUAGUCCAAAUGAGGAGUGUCAUGUUUUGCCUCCUGCUGUGGUUCAGUCUUUUCAGGUAACAUCAGCACCUCCUGUGAGGCCUUCUUACCAGCCUAUGCAGUCUAAUGAUGUGUACAAUGGACAGUCUUGUCUUCCUAUGAACUCUGCCUCCAGUCAAGGGUUUGAUACUAUUUCAUUUCAGCAAGACACGGGUGUACCUCAUUUGAUAAACCUCAGCUGCCAAGCUCUACCACCAAUGCAGUUUCAUUCUUCUAAUUCAGGUUCUGUGACAACAUCAAGUACAGCAGGGCACCCACUGGCACAGCCAGCUCAUUCAGGACAGUCAUCUUCUCACCUGCCAUCGAUGGGAUACCACUGCCCAAGCACUGGGCAGAGCUCCAUCUCUUCUGCAAUGAGUCGGUCCCUUGGGCAGUCUUCUCCCCAGCUGCAGCAACUCCCAUACCAUUCCACCAAUCCAGCAUCUGCUUCAUCCCCAUCCCCAACAGCUUCCCACCCUUUGGUCCAUUCACCGCUGUCUGGGCCCUCCUCACCACAGCUUCAGCCCAUGCCUUACCAGUCUCCUAGCUCAGGACCUGCCUCAUCACCACCACCAGCCACGGCCAGUCAUUCGGGCCAGCACUCUCCUCAGGCACACAGCCCAGUGCUGGCCGCUCUCAACGCAGCACCGGCCCUUGUGCACCACACUGUGUGCGACUCAUCUCCCUUCUCACCAGAUGGGGCAGCUGUUAGCAUCAAACCAGAACCUGAAGAUCGAGAAUUGAAUUUCCAAACAAUAGGACUGCAGGACAUCACAUUAGAUGAUGACAGUUUUAUCUCUGACCUGGAAUACCAGCCAUCAGGUUCAACAGAGAAAUGGACUCAACAUUCAGCACUCAUGUCCAACUCCUAUGUGGAAAAUCUAGAGGUGAAUGAGAUCAUAGGAAGAGAUAUGUCACAGAUCUCAGUGUCACAUGGAACAGCAGUGGCCAGCCAGUCUGCACAUACGUGUCCUGGAUCUCUGGAGACAAGAAUAUCUGAUGGAAUCCAGUAAGGGAUAAGCUUACAACUGAAUAGCCAUGUACAUGUAACAGUUUCUCUGAAUAUUUCUUCAUCCUCUUCCUCUUUAGACUUAACUGUGCUUCCAACUCUGUGGCCUUUAUGAACUGGAACAGUGGAUCCUUGCAAAGCCCUUUUAGUGGGUUACAUUUUCGAUGUAGAGAAAGAGCAUUUUAAUUCUAGUUCCUCAGAUGCUGUAAAGAGACUUCCUGAAAUGGACACAAUCUACACCAGAUAUUUUAACUGUUUUAAAGUUACAAACAAGCUUUGCUUUUUUGCAUUUAAAUAGAAUCCUUUUAUAUUGUAAGUGCUUCAGAUGUGUGGAGAUGUUAGUUUGUUCUUAUAAUAUUCACAGUACUGAUUGUGGGAAAAGAUUUAAUACACAACUUCAGUGUCCUGUUUUCCUGUAGUCUAGUUUGUAACACCUUUUGGUCAUUUUGGAAAGCCUUUAAAGCUUCUAUUGUUUAAUUUUGUUUUUAAUAUGAUCUUCCAGUGGCAAAUCAUGCUUGUCAUCUCCAGCCAAUGCCAUGGAAGCCAUUGUGUAUACAAAUACUGUAGCGUUUUCUUAGAUUCAUAGGAAGCAAAGCCAAAUGUAGAUCUGCACUCGUUUAUAAACUGAAAAAUGUUACUUGAUAGGCUGCAAAAAGACCAUUCCAUCAUGAAAGUGUUGGGAUAGAAAUGACAUUCCAAAAUUUAACUUUUAUAACUUUGUGGAUAAUCUUCCUGUUCUUUCUUAGCACAGGCUCCUUCUUGAAAUAGCUUUUUCAUAGGAAGUUAUGUUUGUAAUCCAAUUUGAGCAGUAAGCUUUUAGAUUAAAGAACAGCAACAUCAAAGCCAUGUUAGAUACAGGAGAAACUUGUGGUAUUUGCUAAGGAUCUAAGUGUUCCUGUUAUCCCUGCAGAAUACAGUUUUGAAAUCACCAGUUCAGUGGCAAUCAAGUUUUCCAUGCAAUAACUCAUUUGAUCACUUCUCUUUUAUAUGCUGUAUGCCUGACCAUGCCACUUGGAGGUCCUGAAGAGAUGUCAGUUACAGUUCCUGAAAUUUAAGAUGUUCAUAAACAUCAGUUGACUAAAAAGGAAUUGGUUGUGAAUUAGUGAUGAGGAUGGAAUAUGGUGCUCAUGUUUAAUUGUAAAGGUGCAAAGCAGAAGCUACCAAAGAAACACACAAGAUGUACUCAAAGGAUGCAUUUCUCUUACCCACAUAAUCUGAUACAUUUGAAACAGCCUGUAUACAGGAAAAUAAACAAUGUCAGGCCUCUAUGAUUAGAAACCUAGGAGAGGAUCUGAAACUGCCUGCUUGGGCCAGAAACAUGUUCCUCCCCAAGAAGAUGUGGUCCUUUACAAAGCCUUCUGGUGUGGAGCACACAGAGUACAACAGUAAUGGCAGAGGAGGAUCAGAAGUUCACUCCAAACAUUGAAGAUGUUAGUUUUAGUUCCUCAUUUGGGUGAGCUAUGAUGCUCCAGUGAAAAUUAAGAGCAAAUACACUCAAAAAUUGUGAAAUCCAUAAAGUGUCUUUUCACUGGAAUUAAUUCAGUCAGUUAUAGGCUGUAAGGUGUAAGGCUUCACCCAGAAGGCAGACUGUGAAACAAAGACAGGAGCACAGGCCUCUUUCUAUAGGCAAUUACAAUAGACUCUGAAAAGUACAGAAAACAGUCUUAAAGAGGCUAUCAUGGCUUACUGAAUUAAUACCAGUAGGAGUGAACACAGAUUGUGAUGAUGUGUUUUUGCAGAGUUAUGGGGAAAACUUUCCAUUGAGCCUUUUGUAGGAAAAACAUUAGGUAAACAGAAGUCGGCAUCCAAGCCAAUACCGUUACAGUGGCCACAAUCACAUACUAUCAACAUCUGAAUCAUGGACUUUGAAAGACACUGUAAGUGAAACGGUUGCAGUGAGAACUCUGUAUCAUAUACUUCUCCUUUUGUGAGUGCAGCCUGAGAGUAUUAUCUUGAUGUUUCGUAACUACUGCAGAGAACUGAAUGCAAGGCCACCAUGUGCAUGCUGGGAAUCUGAAGCAUCCUUUUUGUGAAUGUAUUGGUCAACGGUGCAGAUCUUUAAACGUGCAGGAAAAAAAAAGUGUGAUACUGUAACUGCCCCACAGCAAUGGUGCUUCACUUUGUCCCCGACUCACUGACAUUAAAGAUCCAAGAAAAGGAUUCACAUGCUCAGAAAUACAUCUAGUAAAUCUUCUAACACUUCUAAAUAAAAAUAAAAAAAAAAAAAAUUAAAAAAACACCACAAACCAAACCCCCAAACCAGACAACACUCUCUGUAAAAUGUAAUUGUCUCAAGAGUGAGUGGUGUUGGCCAGGCAUGUUCCAGUUUUCAUUCACAUAUUGGGUCUUUUGCAUUAACCAUUGUUUAUAGGAGAAUUGUAACUGAAAAGCUUUUCAUAUUUUAUGGGAUUUCUGCUCCUUUAUCCUACUGGUACAGACUUCUCCUGGCAGGUUCUCCAAGUAGCUGGAAUUCACACUGUACCUAAAAGAUAGGAGCCCAAACAAUCCGGAAUUGCUAUGCACUAAAUUUUCUGAUGCCUUUAAAUACCUUGAUGCCUGUAGAGAUAGAGAUGCUUUCCUAUUUAAAAAUAAAAUAAAAAAAUAUAGCUUUGAUACUAAAGCAAUUUUGUAUUUGCCUUGUAAAAGCUUUAAUACAAGGGUCUUAAUUUCAUUGUAGCUUGUGUGAUAAUGUAGGUAAAGACUGUUAAUCUUGUGUAACAUUAGUGGUAUAAAAAGCACACAAUCUCUAUUGGACUAUGCAAAUUGAAUUCUACAACAGAUAUGUUGAUAAUUUGUCGGCAUCCGCUUCCUUGCCCUUAAGUCCUUUCUUCUCCCUAAAGUAGUUUUCCAAAACUGUGUAAUAAUGUAUAUUAUCCUGAAGGAAAGCCUUAAUGAUGAGGUAACUUUACUAUAAGGAGAGACAAAGAUGGUAAAAGCAAGAAAUUAAGUGGUGGUAUAUUAAUGCAAGGGGUAGGUGGAGUGGGGUGAUUUUUGAAAGUACCAGAAAGUGGCAAUCAGAAUUUCUGUAGAAAAACUGUCAUGUUAUCAGGGGAACUGCCAUCCUUUUGAAACCAAAGAAUGAAAAGAACUUGACAGAUUUGUUCUGAUAGAAAAACAAAGCUUUGAAACUCUAUUUUUGAUACUCAUAAUGGAUGUCAUUCCUUGAGCUUUCAAAAUUGUUCAAAUUGAAGUUUUAUAUUUAAAAAUGUGGGACAAUAAAGAAUAAGUUCUAGAUGUUUACAGAGCCUUGUAUUGUAAUUUCAUGUACAUUUUGUAUUUUAAACAGUUUUGUAAGUUAUGAUUGCAGUGCUACUUGCAGAAAUAAAGGGAAAAACAUGCAUUUAGGCUCAGAAAUCUUAGUGUUCAA